UGCACGGCGGUCCUCCCGGUGGCUUCGGUGGCCACGGAUACUUUGCAGGCCCGAUGACGGGCAUGGGCGGCGGCCUCCGCGGUCCGCCCGGUUGCGGUGGCUAUGGUGGCGACAUGGACUGGCGCACACUUCGCGAUGAUCCAAGCAGCUUCGCCGACCUCCAAGGUGCGGGUGGUCACGGUGGAUUUGGUGGUGCAAGCAGCGUCAUGGGCGGUGCGCGGAGUGGGCUUAGACUUCGCGGGGACGGCAUCAAUGGCCUUGACGGCCCCGUCGUGGUGCACUGCACUCACCAGGUCAUGGCGGUUUUGGCGGCGGCGGACGAGGAGGUCCCAGAUGUGGUAUGCCUCGCGCAGGCUUCCCGAAUCGCAGAGCGCCAGCCCAGGGUUGCCGCCGCUGGGCAAGUUACCCGAGAGCUCGACACCAUUGCGGAUCCCAUACCAAACUGGCAGCCGAGCAUUCAUGAGCUCGGAGAGGCGUGGGUUACUUGGGAUCGAACUCCAAGACCAAGACAUUGAACAUGCCCACUUGGAAAGGUCUAUGCUUGCGGCCAUUGCCGAGACAGCACUCAGCGUAACAGCCUGGUUGCUUCUAUCAGACAAUCAGAAAGACAUUAUCGUCCAAGUCACCACAAGAUCUCAAACAACGAUCGCUCGUUUCGUCAUAAAUCCAAACCACCAACGCGUGGAGGUGAAUGCCCCCGUCGCUGGCGCCAAGAUCAUGACGCGUGGCGUCGCGGCGGGCUUCACAGCCGCGCGCGACUCGUUUACUGAGCUCAUGGCAAAGCGACACGAAGAGUCUCUGCGCAAGUGCGAGGCAAAGCAGGCUCGUAAGCAGCUGCGCGAGGAGAUCAAGUGUAUGCGGCGGAAGAAUCUUCUCAAUGGCGGAGAGGACAGCAAGCCAAGGAUGAGGAGCUCAAACGGUGCGAUCGAACGCUUCAGCGCCAGGAGGCUGCCUGGUAUCCUGAGGAAGGAGGAAAAGACGCAGAAGGAGAGAAUGAAGAGGGUGAAGCGCAUGGUAAAAGACGCCAAGAGUCCCGAGCGAUCACCCCUUGUCAUUUUGUCCAGAGUCCAAUCUCAGCAUCCUCCUCCGCAUCGCUCGCACUGCGUAAUUUGCCUCCACCUCCGCUGACGCUGACGCAAGGCUGGGAAUACCGAGCUAUGCCCAUGAUGAGCAAGGACGCUUCGCACUCGCAGAACGGCGCUGUGGUCGCCGUGUAGUCCCUCGAUACAUCUCGCAGCGGCCUAGUAGAAGAUGUGGGGAGGACGAAAUCAGCCGCGACGACGUUGUUCUCGCCAUGGCCUGGCUUG